AUGACUGAGGCCGAGACCAGAUAUCCCCAAAUGGAGAAGCUGGCCCUCGCUUUAGUCACAUCGGCCCGAAAGCUUAGGCCGUACUUCCAGGCACACACUAUUCUAGUACUUACAAACUUGCCCCUGAAGAAUAUCUUCCUUAAGCCUGAAACGUCAGGGCGUCUGGUGAAGUGGGCAUUGGAAUUGAGCGAGUACGACAUCCAGUUCGGGCCAAGAACCGUGUUAAAAGAGCAAGCAGUGGCGGACUUCAUCGUGGAGCUUACCCCACCGUCCCAGUCGACCGAGUCCGACCUCUCAUGGACGAUCUACGUUGAUGGAUCUUCCAAUGAGAGGGGGUGCGGGGCAGGAAUUCUCUUGCUCGCCCAGGGUGGCGAGCGAUUUGAGUACGCUCUGCGAUUCAACUUUCGGACUUCAAACAAUGAGGCCGAAUACGAAGCACUCCUGGCAGGCCUGCGCGUUGCCAAAAGACUGGGGGCCAACCACGUUAAGGUCUUUAGUGACUCCCAGUUAAUUGUAAAUCAGAUUAAGGAGGAGUAUCAAACGAAUGACCCCCGAAUGGAAAAAUAUCUGACGAAAUUGGCAUCCGCAUAUGAGACCGAUCUGGCUAGAUCAGUCCCGGUCGAGAUCUUGGACAGCCCUUCAAUCUUGGAGCCAGAUGUAAUGGAGGUUGACACUCCAUCACCCUCUUGGGUGGACCCAAUCGUGGAGUUCAUCAAAGGAAAUCCACCGCAAGAUCCGAAGGAGCAAAAGAAGAUGGCACGGAGAGCAGCUCGGUUCACACUCCGAGAAGGAGCGUUGUACCGACGUGGCUUCUCCCUGCCUCUGCUUAAGUGUGUGACUCCCGAAGAAGGCCUUUACAUUCUUAGAGAAAUCUAUGAAGGGGCGUGUGGAAACGACUCAGGUGCCAGGUCGUUGUCGGCCAAGGUGGUUCGACAAGGGUACUAUUGGCCCACUAUCGAACAAGAUGCAAGGCAAUUUGUGAAAACCUGCGACAACUGCCAGCGCUUUGCAAACAUUAUUCAUCAACCUCUCGAACUGCUUACCCCCAUCUCGGCCCCAUGGCCAUUCGCGCAGUGGGGGGUAGAUAUCAUAGGUCCUUUUCCCCUAGGCAAAGGACAAACCAAGUUCGCCGUUGUCGCUAUGGACUACUUCACCAAAUGGGCCGAAGCCGAGGCACUAUCCCACAUCACAGAGUCUAGGGUCACAUCUUUCAUAUGGGCAAACGUUGUAUGCCGUUUUGGUAUACCAAAUGCUAUUGUGACGGACAACGGAAAGCAGUUUGAUAACGCAAAGUUCAAGGACUUUUGCAGUAACCUGGGAAUACGUCAUCUCAGCUCGUCCCCUGCUCAUCCGAAGGCCAACGGGCAGGUCGAAGCAGUAAACAAAAUCAUAAAGCGAGAACUUAAGCUGAGAUUGGAUUCCAGAAUGGGAAGAUGGGCCGAGGAGCUACCUGAAGUAUUAUGGUCGUAUCAGACCACCCCGAGAGAGUCAACUGGUGAAACUCCGUUCUCGCUAGCCUUUGGCUCCGAAGCUAUUGUACCAGUUGAGAUCGGCAUACCAACAAACAGAGUAGAGCAGAAGUUCAAGUUGUUGCUUAGUAUUAUCUUCUGGACUUCUGAGUUCGAGGAGAAAUAUUAA